AAUGAAUUAUGCUCUUCCCCACCGGCAAGCCUUUUAUUAUUCAAACUAAGCCAUAUAAGCUGAAAAUGCAACACAAACCCACAUUCACAUUUGUUCAAAUUCGAGAGAAAAAUCCAACAGCAUGGGCCAAUCCAUCAACAAGCUUGCCUCCGGUUCUGGAGAAAGGAAGGCUAAAGAAUUUGCCCCCAUAUUGGAGGCAUACUAUGACGGGUACAUUGCAAAUCGGGGUGAAGAGGAUCUCAACUUAGGUGACUUUUAUCGGAUAAUCUGCGAAACCGUUGAAGAAAUCAACAAGAAGCUCGGAAACACGCAAUUUCGGGUCCCAAAGGUUUCGACUCUACGACAGGCUUACGAGACCCACCAUCAAGGAAGAGGGAAAUCCCUAACGAAGGAGGAAUUCCAACAGAUCCUCCAAGAAGUAAUCGUUGACACGGGGUUCACCGGAGUCGGGGCCAAGGACAUACUGUUGUACAUCUUCGGGGUGCCAGUGUUGUCAUUACUAAUCAAGCAACGGGUGCUUCCUCGAGCGGUAUCGAACGAGAUCUUCAUCCCAGCCAUCACCUCUGCCACGGUCUUCGUCCUCGCUCGGUUCAACAAAAUCUGAGACCACUAUAUAUAUAUAUACCAUAUACAUAUAUAUUAUAUAUAUCGACAUCGAAUUAUACUAUACGAAUUGUAAAUUGUGGAUCAGAAACAAUAUUGCUACCUUAAAAUUGCUGUCAAA